ACUCCCCAAACCACUUUCACCGCCCCACAACCAAAGAACAUAUGAUGAACUGAUUCCACAUUAUUCAUAAACUCCUUAUUCAGUAAAAUUUGGCAAAGCUUUUGUCACUGUAAAGAAAACACACACAGAAAUUGCAUCCUGGAAAAGUUGUCACAUGAAGAGCUUAGCAUUCCAAAUCCAGAUGUGAUGUAACCCUCUCCCCAACCAAUCAUAGACUCUUGUUAUGUGUUAAUGACUACAUAUCCCACUGUCAGGCAUUGGCAUCACCGGCGGUUCCUCAAAAUGCGGGGGAGGCAUUAUACCAAGCACUGCCUCCUGGGAUUAAGCCAGUUCUGCGCACCCAGCUGCGUAUUCCGGACAAAGAUCAGACCAUGACGCGAGCAGCGGUGAGAGCUGAAAUGAACAGAGUAUUGCGAUGGCUUGUGCCAGCUGCGGAAUCCACCAGGCGGUACCACGUGAAUGGGGUAUUCGGAGAAUGGGAGAUGAAAGGGAUUGAGGGUAUCGAUGUCAACGAAGCAAACUGGCUCGAACAAGAAAGUCGGAUCAGUGUCAGUUACAUGCUCGCCCAUGCAGAUGCCAAAGUGAGCAAGGUAGAGACGCUCUACUACGCCGACAAGGAGAGGGCCGAAGGUUACAUACUGGACCUUGUUCUGGCUCUUCAUCGUCUUGUUUCGCCCGCGGACUAGAAACAAGCCGAAUAUGAAGGCACUGACAAACAACUGAGAUGAGCACAACUUCAAGCUUUUGGAUGAACUUAUCGCCCAACCUAUGCUAUCGAAGCAACUAGGAGAUGAGGUGUCUGUGGGUGCCUGAUUUUUUGCCCUUUUCAGUUGUGUCAAACAGUUCUAACGCUGAGGGCAAUGAACCAAUUCUUGUGAAAUUUCAUCUUUUAAGCAGGCUCUCAGUUGUUUAUGAAACUUUGUGAGAACUCUCUAAGAUUUUAGACAGAA